AUGAAGGCAGUCAUCAACAAGUGGAGAAAAUAUAGCGCAACAGUGACAUUGCCAAGAACUGGAUGUCCCUCCAAAAUUGAUGAAAAAACAAGAAAACUGGUCGGAGAGGCUUCCAAGAGGCCUACGGCAACAUUAAAGGAGCUGCAGGAAUUUCUGGAGAGUACUGGUUAUGUACUACAUGUGACAAUAGUCUCCGAUGUUCUUCAUAUGUCUGGGCUGUGUGCUUUCUCCUAUAAGAAGUUGGAAGCUCCCUAUGGUGGAGGCUUUUUGCAUAUAAAUGGUUCCUAUGGAGCACUGUCAGUUUGUGUUUAUCUUCCACUGGAUAUGUUCCUGCUCAGCACUGUCAUCCUUAUAUCAAGCUUUGCUCUUCGUGCCAACUUUUCCUUCCCCCUUCCUCCUCCUCCUCCUCCUCCUCCUGUAUUUGUGUGCAUCCGGAAAGAGCCAGCAUUCGUUGGCUCAGAAACUUCAGUUCCUGGGCGGACCCCACACACUCACACAGCUGGAUUUGAAACAGCUGGAUCUGCCUCCCCUCCACUUUCAGCAAGAGCCCCACAAGCCCUGGACAGGCUGGCGGAGGAUGAACCAAACAGCACUGCGAAGCUGGGAUUUGGUUGCUGGCGGGAUCCAGAAAAUGGGUUACCGGAGGAGCCUUCCUCUGCUGCUGCUGCUGCUGCUGCUGCUCCUUCUGUGGAAUCAUGUGAGCACUUCCAGGCAAAGGAACUCCUAGGUGUGAUGCCUGCUAAUCCUGUGCAUCCGGUGACCUCAUGCAAUGGCCAAGCAGGAAGGAACGUGAACAGCAAUGUAUGCAAGUGGUGUGACAAUACACACCCCAUCUGUGAAAAUCAGGUGUGCCACAGCAACUGUGAUUUAAGCUCCUAUUGUGAAAAACCAGAAGAAAUCUGUGUUUCUGUAUGGAAACAAGGCAAUGCAAGUAUAAAAGUGAGCACUUUCUGCCACAACCCACAACUCCCAGUGGAAAACGUCAUGGUUUCAAAGUAUAACACAUCACAGUGUGUCAUGGUCCAUCAGCACAACGAGGAUGGGACUUUUUACAUCUGUGGCUGUGUGAAAGAGCAGGAAUGCAAUGACAAGCUCAUCUUUGAAAAUCAUACCAAUGGAUACUCCAUGCUACAAAGCAAGGAAAUCAUUCCUGUGGCAGCUAUCAGCCUGCUGCCCCCAUUGCUAGUGGCUAUCAUGAUCACAGUGAUAUUCUAUCUCUGCCGAACCCAUCGGCAAAGGAGGAGGUCCAAGGAAUGGGCCCAGAAACAUACUCAGUGCCAUGAGCUGCCUGAAUCGAGCAGAGCUGCUACUUACGAUGAGAUUCUGUCUGUCAAGAUAGAUCAUCAUUCUGCUCUUCACCCAGCCUGUGCCAGCAGCCUCAACCACAUCACUGAACUGCUGCCGGUUGAGCUGGACGAAAGAGUGGGGAAGGGGCAAUUUGCGGAAGUCUGGAAAGCCAAACUGAAGCAUGCCCCUUCAGGCAAGUAUGAGAUGGUGGCUGUGAAGAUUUUCCCUUGUGAGGAAUUUGCAUCCUGGAAAAAUGAAAGCCAGAUCUUCACUGAUGCCAACCUGAAGCACUGCAGCAUCCUUCAGUUCCUCACCGCAGAGGAGAGACACUCUGGACUUCAGAAAGAAUACUGGCUGAUCACUGCCUACCACAGCCAAGGCAAUCUUAAGGAUUACCUGUCCAGGAAUAUUCUCAGCUGGAGAGACUUGCACAAGAUGGCAGGUUCCCUCGUGAGUGGGGUGGCCCACUUGCACAGUGACUACACUGCCUGUGGCAGCCCGAAAAUUCCCAUUGCCCACCGGGAUAUCAAAAGCACAAACAUUCUCAUUAAAAACCAUCAAGAAUGCGUGCUCUGUGAUUUUGGAAUUGCUCUGAGGCUGGAUCCAUCCUUAAGUGUGGAAGAUUUUGCUAAUAGUGGACAGGUGGGUACUGCCAGAUACAUGGCUCCUGAAGUUUUGGAAUCCAGAGUGAACCUUGAAGAUCUGGAGUCCUUUAAACAAAUGGAUGUCUAUUCUAUGGCUCUGGUUUUAUGGGAAAUGGCCUCCAGGUGUGAUGCUAUAGGAGAGGUUAAGAAUUAUGAACCACCCUUUGCAUCAAAGGUCCGGGAACAGCCUUGCAUGGAAGUUAUGAGAGACAUUGUGCUGUAUGGUCGAGAACGACCAGAGAUACCAAAUAACUGGUUGGUGCACCAGGGAAUGCAUUUUCUGUGUGACACUAUCAUAGAAUGCUGGGAUCAUGACCCUGAAGCUAGACUUACAGCCCACUGUGUUGCAGAGCGAUUCAACUUGAUGGCACAAACAGAUUGUGAUGACAUUCUCAACAACAACAGCAUUGACAAUGAAGCAAACAAAAUGGGUUGCUCAAGAGAUGAGAAUCAAAAUAAUGACAGGAACAUCCAAUGACUGGAGAAAUAAAAGCAGGACAGAACCACCAAUAGGGCAUGUCAUCCAAUAAACAUAUGCCCCAUCAUUUAGGCUCCUGAAUGGAUAAAAAAUGUAUAAGAUCCUUUUAUACUAGACUAUAUUAAGGUUUUAUUCAACACAGGAUAUUAAUCAUUUAAUACUUUUUAAAAAUGUACAGUAAAUUGCAACAUGAGUCCAAGAACAAUUUCAUAUCAGCAGAAUGGAAAGAGGUGAAGGCUACUGCACUGGUAAACUCUGUUGUGUGAACGAAGACCACUCAUGCUAAAGCAGCAACAUUAAUUCACAAGGCAUUUGUUUUUGCAUUUAAAAUAUUUUUCUUCUUAAAUAUUCUCCUUAAAUAUUAAUUCUACAUGAGAGGCUAGGUAUUGACCCAGCCUAUCUUUAAAAAAAAAAAAGAGGUUGUUGGGUUUUUUUAGAAGUUAACUGGGUAAGAGCUGAACUUUCUUACUCUUUUUAAAAACCAAAUUCUUUCCUGGAUCUAAUACAGAUUCUAACAAUGCACAAAGCUGGAUUACAGUUUGGUUUUGGCUUAAUGUGAUAUGUAAAAACAGCUGUUAUGGCUUAUAAGCUAUGGUUUAUGACUUACAUACAUGGGAACCAGGCCAUUAUGGGUUUAAACAAUGGUUUAAAAAUCGCAUAAUGGGAUAUGUGAACCCAACCACCUUGCUGUGAACCAUUUUUUAUGUCACUCAAAGUGUUAAAGAAACUGUUACCAAUAUGAGUCCAAAAUCUAAAUCUGCUACCCCUGAAGUACCUUAUUGCAAGUUUUAAUUAGAAACCAUCUUUUCUCCAUCACAGCCAGAGGCCGUAUUUUAUUUAACUGAGUAAAAUGUAAUUCACUUGUUCUUUAAUUCUUUUGUUCUACGUUUAUGGACCAUAAAUGGACGGUGGAUUUCAAACCAAUGCAUGUGGGUUUCUAAAUAGAAGUUAGGACUUUUCAGCAGAAACAUCCUUCUCGUAUGAGUACCUUAGUUCUCCUCAUGAAUUCAGGGCAUUCAUUGGACCAGCCUUGAUAUCAGGCUUGAGUUACAAUUGGAUCGCGUCAUAAAAACCUCCACAUAC